GAGUCGAACCAAAAUAUAAAUUUGUCCUGUCACCAUUCUCUUCCAACGUGAAGAUAAGAAACCUUUUGUUUACUUUUUGUACGAUCACAGGUCACAGCAAUGGCUUCUUCCUCCCCUGAACUUCCUCUCAAACCCAUUCCCGGUGGCUAUGGCUUCCCCUUCCUCGGUCCCAUCAAAGACCGUUACGAUUACUUCUAUUUCCAAGGUAGAGACGAAUUCUUCCGUUCCCGAAUUACCAAAUACAACUCCACCGUCUUCCACGCCAACAUGCCACCGGGCCCCUUCAUCUCCUCCGAUUCCAGAGUCGUUGUCCUCCUCGAUGCCCUCAGUUUUCCCAUCCUCUUCGACACCACCAAAGUCGAGAAACGCAACAUUCUCGACGGAACUUACAUGCCCUCCUUGUCCUUCACCGGCGGCAUUCGCACCUGUGCUUAUUUGGACCCAUCGGAAACAGAGCACACUGUUCUCAAACGCCUCUUUCUCUCCUUUCUCGCUUCUCGCCAUGACAGGUUCAUCCCUCUGUUUCGAAGCUCCUUGUCUGAGAUGUUUGUUAAGCUUGAAGAUAAACUCGCCGACAAAAAUAAGAUCGCUGAUUUCAACUCGAUUAGUGAUGCCAUGUCGUUUGAUUAUGUUUUCCGUUUAUUCUCCGAUGGAACCCCUGAUUCGACAUUAGCUGCUGAUGGACCUGGAAUGUUCGAUUUAUGGCUUGGGCUUCAACUUGCCCCAUUGGCUUCCAUUGGCCUUCCCAAAAUUUUCUCUGUUUUUGAAGAUCUCAUUAUUCACACCAUUCCCCUGCCUUUCUUCCCAGUCAAGAGUCGUUACAGGAAGCUUUAUAAAGCGUUUUACUCCUCCUCUGGCUCAUUUCUAGACGAAGCAGAGAAACAGGGGAUAGACAGAGAGAAAGCAUGUCACAAUUUAGUGUUUCUUGCUGGAUUCAACGCAUACGGGGGAAUGAAAGUCCUUUUUCCCACUAUACUGAAAUGGGUCGGCACCGGUGGCGAGGAUCUCCACCGUAAACUGGCGGAGGAAGUGAGGACAACCGUGAAGGAAGAAGGGGGACUGACUUUCUCCGCCUUGGAGAAAAUGAGUCUGCUGAAGUCGGUCGUGUACGAAGCUCUGAGGAUCGAACCGCCGGUGCCGUUCCAGUACGGGAAAGCGAAGGAGGAUAUCGUGAUUCAGAGCCACGAUUCUUGUUUCAAGAUCAAAAAAGGGGAGACGAUUUUUGGUUAUCAGCCGUUUGCUACUAAAGAUCCGAAGAUUUUUAAGGACUCGGAGAAGUUCGUGGGCGAUAGGUUCGUGGGAGAAGAAGGGGAGAAGCUUUUGAAGUAUGUUUACUGGUCAAAUGAGCGGGAGACGGUGGAGCCGACGGCGGAGAACAAGCAGUGUCCGGGGAAGAAUCUGGUGGUGAUGAUGGGCAGGAUUAUUGUGGUGGAAUUCUUCCUCCGUUAUGAUACGUUCACUGUGGACGUCGCAGAUUUGGCGCUGGGUCCGGCGGUGAAGUUCAAGUCCUUGACCAGAGCCACCGCUUCGGUUUAGAAGCUAAUGACAAAAUUAGUUUUUAAUCAUUUUACAGAAUAAAGGAAGGGUGUUCGUGAUUGGUUGAUGCAGGGAAGCUGUGGUGGACUUGAGCACACAUGACACAUCAUUGAUUUGUUGGGGUUAUAAAGUAAUUUCCUCGUGAUCCGCGUCGUUUUUAAUUUGAGAUCUCAUUGUGUGUUGUAACCCGCGGGUGAUCUUAUUUUUAUAGUUUCUUUUUUCUCAACUAUGCUCCAAUUUUUAAAUUAAAUAAAUACCAAAUAUCAACUUCAUAGUCUAUAA